AUGGCCCCGGAGUCUCUCACUCUUACUACCACCGAAGAACAGCAGAACGACGUUACAGUGGGGACUAUCACUUGCACUGCACCUAUCCCGUUUGGAGGGGAUGAACAAUGGCUUUACCUACCCGCAACCAAGAAGUUCGAUCUGUCUCGGGGCUCCCAGCAGAAGAUGGUCUUCGAGUGCGAUGAGGAAGAUCGCAACCACACCGGCUUCAUGAUCGACCCUGGCAACUCGGUUUUGAUUGUUGUCGAUAUGCAAAACUACUUUGUUCACCCACUCUAUCGGGAUCACGCCGCAGGCAUCGCCGCUAUCGAGCCGACUCUGAAAGUCAUCGAGAGAUGCCGUAAAGAGGGAAUCCAAAUUGCCUGGCUGAACUGGGGAAUCAGCGACCAUGACUUGAAAAAGAUGGCACCUGCUAUCCAGCGAGGCUUCAGCAAGACUCUGGGGUGGCACGUCGGACUUGGCGCACAGCUGCCCGAUGGUCAGGGAAGGUGCCUGUUCAAGCGGACCUGGAACGCCGAACUUUACGACCCGUUCAAGGCAGUCGCUCAGCCUGGCGAUUUAUUCUUCGACAAGACGCGCAUGUCCGGACUUUGGUCUGAGAAAGAGCCUCUUCACGAGUAUCUCCGCACAUCUGGCAAGCAAACACUACUUUUCGCCGGUGUCAAUACGGACCAAUGUGUUUUUGGCACCGUGUCAGAUGCCUACUCUUACGGAUGGGACUGUAUUCUGCUUCGCGACUGCACAGGCACCAUGACAGGCCGAGGAGCUCAGGAGCUUGCCGAAUAUCAAGUCUCGCAGAACAUGGGUUUUGUGAUAGACAGCAUCUCGAUUGGGCUGACGUCCCUGCUGCCGCUCUGCGCCGUUGCGCUACCAACUGAGCAAAGGCCAUUGAUACUCAACGGCCCUAAGAACGUCCAGGCUGUUCGGGCAAAACUUCAACACGCUGAGAUCAUUCCCUCCGUCAUUGAUGACUUCCUGCCUAGUCUCACAGUGUCCGUUCUCUGGUCAGAUUCCAAGGCCAAACUCGGCAACACCAUCGAGCCAGACUAUCUUGGAGAACAACCCACCAUAGUUCUGCACGAUGACACAAGCCCGGACGGAAUGCACAGUACCUCCGACAUGAGCUACGUCGUCACACUGACCGACCCUGACGCGCCAUCACGCGACAACCCAGAAUGGGCAGAGAUGUGCCAUUGGAUAGCAUCAAACGUCACCACCGCGCCGAACACCUUCUCGAUCCUACCACUACCAGAGUUUGGUCUUACAGAAGAGACCGAGUCGACAGACGGCGGUCCGGAAGACGUGAUGGAAUACAAGCCUCCUGGCCCGCCACCAAAGACAGGCAAGCAUCGCUACGUGUUCCUCGUCUUUGCGCCAAAGAACGGAACGACUGAGCCGCUCCAUGUGAGUAAGCCAGAGGAUCGCCAGCAUUGGGGUACUGGAAAGGAGGGUGGUGGUGUGCGAGAGUGGGCUGAGCACAAUGGCCUCGUGCCUGUUGCUGCCAACUUCAUCUACUCGCAGAACGAUAAGCAGUAG